AUGAAUAGUGAAAAACUUAUUCUAUGUACAUUAUUAUUUAUUAUCUCUUCCUCUGAACUGAUAAAUGGAUAUGGAGAGCCAGAUCUACUUGGUAAUCCAGUAUGGCAAUCGAGAGCUAGUUUUUUAUUAGUAAAUGCUGUUAGAAUUGAUCCAUUGAUAUAUUUACAAAAAUAUACUAGAAUGCAAAAUUCUGGAAUUCUAGAUCCAAAUAAUUAUCCUGCUGUUCCUCCUCUAUAUUGGGAGAAUACACUUGGUUUAUCAUCAUUAUCACAUUCCGUUGAUAUGGCAGAUAAUAAUUGUUUUUCUCAUCCUUCAUGUGAUGGUACUGAUACAUUUCAAAGAAUCCAAAAUUACUACCAAUGUUCUCCUCUGGCAAGUGAGAAUAUUGCAGCUGGUUUGCUGUCUCCGCUCGAUACAAAUAAUCAAUGGAUUUGUGAUUCUGGAAGUGGUGACCCUUAUUCUACUUAUUGUGCACCCGAUGGUAGUGGAGAUGGACAUAGAGCAAAUAUCAUGUCGAGAGUAUCACGAGUCGGAGGUGUUGGUUAUGGAACCAGCUAUUCUAGUACCUACCAUACCUAUUGGACUCAGGAUUUUGGAGAGGCUCUAUGUUUUAAUAUCUCUUUUCCAAUCCAUUCGGGAUCACAUAUCUUUAUGGAUACAAAAUAUACUAUCUUCAUGGUUUCUUGGUAUUCCGAACAUGCUCCAAGAUCCGCCUCUAUUGUCAUCGACGGAAAGAAGAUACCUCUCCAGCUUGACUUGGGUACCAGAAGCAAAGGUAUCUACAGAUUUACAUCACCAAUUGGUACCGCAUGUAGAGGAUAUUACUUUUUGUUUGAAAGUAGAUUCUUUAUUUAUAGAUAUCCAAAUUUCGGAUAUCUCCAGACCUAUGGUGAAGGAAGUUGUGAUAAAUCUUUUUCCUAUAACGGCACUGAGUAUCACCAACCAACUCAGGCUCCAAAUACUAUUACCUCGAGAUCAACUGGCUCCACUGUUUCUACCAUGUCAACCAUUUCCUCUAUAACAACUGCUUCGACAUCCUCUACUAGUUCUACUUCUGCCGUGUCCACCACAACAGCAUUCAGUUCGACUGUUGGAGUGAUUCCAUCUGACUCACCAGUUCCUACUCCAACUAUCGCUCCUCCAACUACAACUCCUUUCAAACCGAUUGGUAAUUUUAUGGGUUGUUUUAAUGAUCAAGUUGCUCAUGAUCUAUCUGGAGAAGUUGUUGUCGAUACCAAUUUGACAAACCAUAGAUGUCUUCAAUUUUGUUCAAGCAAACUAUUCCAGUAUGCUGGUACUUCUUUCGGUAAUCUUUGUUAUUGUGGAAAUAGCUUUGGUUAUUACGGACAAUCAUUAAACCAAAGUGAUUGCUCUAUACAGUGUGCUGGUAACAAUACUGAGAAGUGCGGUGGUAUAAAUAGAUUAUCCAUUUAUAAAACUGGUUAUGUUGGUUGCUAUGAUUCCAACAAUGCGUACAAUAAAUUCGUGCAAGCCAGUAAAUCUGAAAAUAUGACAUCGAAUGGUUGUAGAACAUGGUGUAAAUCUAAAGGAUAUGAAUACUCUGCUACGACCAACCAGAACACUUGUCUUUGUGCUGAAUCACUUGAUCUGUCGGCUCUAAAGACUGUAAAUGAUGAUUCAAAAUGUAAAAUUAAAUGUAUUUCUAGUGGAGAAAACGAUUAUUGUGGAUCUGAUGAUGUAAUUAUAAUUUAUCAAAACAAAUAUUUAAAUACAACAACCAAAUCAAUUCCAGAGUAUUCAAGUGAUGAACAAAUAUUACAUCAUAAUGGAGACAAAUAA